CUCUAAGGAGCGAAGACGUGAAACAUAUCGAGUGUUUGAGUCGAGUGUUUGAUUUUUGAGAAAUUGUCUAGGACGAGGAAUUGAUGCGUCCAAUAUGAGGGUAAGAAACACGAAAUGCGAUGAAAUUUGAUUAAAGAACGUUUGAUAGAAGUUCAAGAUGAUGAAAGCUAAUCAAGUGCUGAGAUAUUUCUUUGAAAUAUUUAAAACUUUGAGAAUUUGAGUUCGGAACGGUGAGUCCCAAAAUUAUAUAACUAUUUUAAUUUUAGGUAAACUAGCAAAACAUAUGAAUUUAUAUUAAACAGACCUUGACACAUAUAACAAUGUUUUUAAAUGCGCUGGUUUGUUUACUAUGUGCUAAUCUCUUCUCCGUGGGUGCUGAUUAUAUGUAUCCCGUCUUGACGGAAGAACCACAAGAUGGAUUUGGUUUUGAAGAUCAACCCUUAACACUAAGGUGUAGGGCCACAGGAAACCCUCCUCCCGUGAUCACAUGGUUAAAAGAUAAUAGAGAAAUGACGAUAACAGGCACCAAUAAAAAGAAGACCAAAGAAGGAGAUUUAAUAAUUGAAAAAUUUAAUCCCGUGGAUGAUGUUGGAAAUUAUAAAUGCCAAGUCAGCGUUUCGGAUUCAACUUUACGGCUUACACUGGUUUCAAGAGUUGCUAACAUAAAAAGAGCAGUCUUUCCAAAAUUCUUCCAAUCUGAGGCUGCUCCGACUACUGCAUACUCUGGUGGUUCGAUCCGCAUGUUCGUUGAUGCCAGUAACUUUGUACCAUACCCUCAAAUCGGUUGGAACUAUCGUGGGAAACCAUCUAUUCGCAACAACGACCCGAGGUUUACAGUUUUACCACAAGGUGUUUUGCAUAUUUAUGGUUUAACCUCAGCAGAUGAUGGCGAGAUUAGAGCAAUCGCCAGAAGCGUAGGCGGCGGAACAAAAUCCGCCCAAAUCCAUGCUGGAAAGUUCGCAAAGGUGACGAUUACUGAUGGUUCAACACGACCCUCGGGUAAAGGCUUCUAUUUCUUGGGCAAACCUAAAGACAUCAACUUAAAGUGGGGACGCAGUACAAUUCUGGAAGCUUUAGCUGAUAGUUCUGAUUCCGUAACAUAUGAUUGGUAUAAGGAUGGUAAAAUCAUUUCAUUUGGGUCCACUAAGUUCACACGUUUUGGUAAAGGAAAUUUGAAGAUCUUAUACGCUAAUGAAAAAGAUGCUGGGACAUAUAAAGUAGUAGCAACAUCAGGAGGCAAGACACUCGAAGCUAGUGCAAAAGUGAAUGUAUUCAGUGCUCCACAGUUUACAGAAAUACCGCCAAGGAGAGUGUAUGCAGAAGUUGAUGGCAAAGCAACAUUUAGAUUCAAAGUAAUCGGAACCCCAAAACCAAAGAUAAACUGGUUUCACGAUGGUGUUGCGGUAGACGCAUCAGCCGAAUAUAUUGAAAUGGGAGACGAUUUUAUAAUAGUAAAAGAUUUAAUUGAAAAUGAUAAAGGAAUGUACCAAGUCAGAGCAAGUAAUUCGAUGGGUGACGCGCAAACUUCUCUUGAGUUGAUCAUCGUAUCGAAAGGUUUUACAACACCUGGAACAAUUCCUACAACAACGCCUUUGUUUCCUGGACAAGCAAGAAAUGUGCAAGCAUAUGCCAAAUCUGACACAGAGAUAAACAUCUCAUGGCAAGAGCCAUCUGUCACAAAUGGCCUCAUAACUGGUUACAAGCUGAUAUAUUUUAGCACCCUAGACAGAGCUACAACGCUUUCUAUUAAUGGUAACCAAAGGUUUACUACAGUAAAUAAUUUGAAUCCCGAUACCUCCUAUACUUUUAAAAUACAAGCUGGAAAUUCAUAUGGAUAUGGAACUUUGUCUGAUGUUGUAUCUGCUAGGACAAAUCCUUCGCAGUCUGCUCCUGGAGCUGUUCAAAACAUUCAGUCAUCACUUAGUGGCACUACAUUAAGCAUCUCAUGGUCUCCGCCAUCAAGUGGUGUAUUACCAACAUUUUACAAAGUAUUUUAUUCUAAUACCGCUGGGAGUUCUACUCCAAUUGAAAAACAAACUACAGGAACUUCAAUCUUGUUGGAUAACCUUGCACCAGAUAGUACUUAUAAAUUUUGGAUUGUACCCUAUGCUGGUAGCCUCGUAGGUGUAAAAUCACCAGAAACAUCAGUCACUGUUCCUCGUGACACAAGCACAUUGAAACCUAAUGCAAUCUCUAACUUACAAGUUACUGCUGCUACACAAACAUUAGCAAAUGUUCAGUGGGACGAACCAAAAAGUGGACCAAAGGUGGAUAGUUAUACUGUAUUUUAUCGCAACAUUGAUGUUUCGAAUUCCCCACUAUUGAGUAGCUCCACUUUAACCACAACAGCAAUAAUUCAAAAUCUUCUGCCACACACAAGAUAUGAAGUCCAUGUGGUGCCUUACAGUAAAGGAAAUGCUGGUCCUAAGUCACCAACGCAAAUUGUGAGAAUGUUAGAAGAAGUGCCUCCACCACCAAUCAAUUUAUCCCCUGUGUCAUUUGGUAGUGACUCAGCAAAAGUACGCUGGACUUUCAUUCCUUCUAAUAGCUUUAGAGGAAAUCUUCAUUCAUACAAAUUGCAAUACUAUGAGCAGGGUAUGAAGAAACAGACCUUAAAAAACAUUGAGAAUAUACCAACAAAUGUUAACGAAAAAAGAGUUGAAAAUUUAAAGUCAGAAACAUCAUAUAUUUUUCUUGUGCGAGGUGUUAGUGGUGGAGGUUCAGGAAAACCUUCAAAUCUGUUAAAUAUUAAAACUAGGGAUGUUACCAAGCAAGGACCAUCAAAACCAGUCAGUUUUAGAGCAAUACAUCACCCUGAUGCACCUGAUGUCAUCAUACUAACAUGGGAUGAACCACAACUUGUCACUGGAAAAGUCAACAGUUAUGUGGUAUUUUACCGACCUGAGGGAAGGUCAACUUGGGACAGUAGGACAACAACAGGCGAUGCAAGAGGAUAUAACAUUUCGCAGAUAACAUUGGGAACAACUUAUGAGACGUAUGUUGUGGCAGUUGAUGAUAAUGGAAAAGGUGUUGAUACUAGGACAGUGCGAGUACCUACACUAAGUGAACAACUAAAACCAGAUCCUCCAAUUCAGUUAGCUGUAAUUCCAAAAGCAGAUUCAUUGACAGCAACAUGGAAGCCACCAUCAUCCUCAUCCCCUGCGGUUGUUCGUGGUUAUAAAGUUGUUAUAAAAAACCUUAAAACGAAUAUGCAAAUUUUCACUGGAAAGUUGCCUAGUCGACAAAACACCAACAUCCAUUUAAACAAUCGUGUUGAACCUGAAACACCUUACUCGGUAUCAGUUCGAAGUUAUAAUGAGUAUGGGUCAAGCACUGAAGUAAAACAAGAUGUUAAGACAUUAAUAAGUUCUGCUAUUAUCGUCAUCAACGUUGAGCCAAAAGUGAAUGGUAUAUCUUUUAAAUGGAAAGAUACAAAGCCUACAGGUGGAUAUGAAAUAAGGUAUAACGUGUAUGACAUCAAUGGCAUUCCAAAAACAAUCAUCAAAACCACCACAGCUUCUGAAAUUGAUGUGGCAGAUCUCACGCCAUACACUCAAUAUCAGUUUUUCGUGAAGCGGAAGACAGAUCCUGGAUUUCCUGUGAUUGAAACUUUAAAAGCAAGAACACUUGAAGCUGUUCCCAGUGCUCCAUUAGACGUCACAGCACAAGGCAUCUCAAAAUAUCCAACAUGGCUGAUUUUAAGUUGGCAAGUACCAAGAUUUCCUAAUGGGAAAAUUCAAGAAUAUGUUAUUCUGUAUUCAACUGACAAAGAAUUGCCAUGGACGCAAUGGCCUUCCAUACACACAAAAAGUGUUAGCAUGGUCCACAAUGUUACUGGUCUUACCAAAGGGACAUUGUACUACUUCGUGAUCUACGCAAUAAACGGAGCAGGUGCAGGUGCAAAAUCAGUUUUGUAUGGAACGAAAACAGGAGGUGUUGGUGUUCCAGGUGGUGUUCUACCUAACACUGGUGAUGAAGGAGUGAUUAUUGUUCCUGCCAAUCUGCCUCACAAUCACACCAUUGGAGGUGGUUUAGGGCUAUGGUGGAUUUUAUUCUUCAUUAUCUUAUUCAUUCUCCUGUUACUGCUGCUGCUACUUUUGCUGUGGUGUUGUUGCUGCAAGAAAAAGGGUGGAUGUGCUGCUUGUUGCUGGCCAUGUUGUCCCUGCUGUAAGAGUUGUUGGUAUUGCUGUUGUCUGCCAUUUUGUUUAUGCUGUUGUCCGUGUUUUUGUAGGCACAAAAAGAGAAAAGACGAAAAAGUUUAUAUCACUGCACCCAUUCUGAGUGUCGAAGAGAAGGCCAAAAAUGGCCAUGCCGCUAUGGGCGCCCCGCCAGACUUGUGGAUGACCAGUAAGAGGGAUAAUAUUGAGCUGAUGCCACUGACAGCAAAUGCUGAUGCUGACUACUCUGGCGCAGGUUCUGUUGUUGCCUCAUUAAGUCGACAGACCAGCAAAAGUUCAGUAGCGAAUGUGAAGGUUCCUGUACCAGGCGAUACCACGUUCAUAUCCUAUAAGACAUCUCUUCAUGAUUAUUGCCAAAAAGUGGGAUGGCUUGCUCCUAUUUAUCAGACGAACCAAUUGCAAAGUGGGUGUCAGUCUAAAGUUUCAUUUGCUGGCUUCGCUUACGGUAGUGGAAAUGAGUAUGGGACAUCAAACCAAGAUGCCGAACAACGCGCCGCUCAUGCCGCCCUUUGUGGACUGGGCGUGUUAGAUGCGGGAAGUAAAUUCGUACCCGAUGCUAACAUAGCCGUCCCAGGCCCUGGCGAUGCUUCAUUUAUUUCGUACAAAUGUAGCUUGCACGAUUUUUGCCAACAGUGUAAUAUUCUGCCACCCAGAUUCAGCACAUCCAGUCAUGAAAAUGGACAUAGUUCAUCCGUACAAGUUGGUAGUCAUACUUUCAACAUGCAGCAUCGUGUACGAAGUAGUCAAGAGGCUGAACAAAAAGUAGCUUCCAUAGCUCUGCAAGGAUUAUGCAUGACAGACUCACAGGCUGGAUACCAUCCUGAAUCUUGCUUUACUGUUCCUGGUCCGGGCGAUCCGAAUUUCGUUUCGUUUAAAAGCAGUUUGCACGACUUCUGCCAGCGAUACAAGCUUCCACCACCGCAAUACAUUACCAAUCAGGGUACACAAGGUUUCUCUGCGAAGCUCAAAUUUGGUGGCUUAUUCUUUCAAAGUAGCGAUUACUUCACUACGCGUUUGGAAGCAGAACAGCAUGCUGCAUUCGAAGCACUGCAAGGGUUAGGUUUACUUGAAUCUUGUGUUGAAUUUGGUGCUGCUCUAGAUGCUAACCUAACAGCAGGGCCCUCGGGAGGGGUGAAUUUAACUCAUGGGAGUGGCAUGAUAACUGUUGGUACGAUGGGAGGUACAUUACCAUCUACAUAUUCAAGCUCACGACAAGGCUCUAGGGCGGGGUCAAGACCACCAUCCAGACCGGGAUCCAGGCCUCCAUCGCGACCGGGCUCAAGACAAGGUUCACAAAAUCACCUUAAUCAAUAUGGAACAACUACAUCGUCAUACUCCAACUCUAAUUCAACUUCCUACGGCGCCUCUGGCGUUUCCUACGGCGGUGGCACUUCAACCUUCGUAGGCGGUGCAUCUGGUUUGUAUGCAACUCCCCAGCGUGAUACUGCUCCAUCUCCUGGUCCAACUGCAGCUCCUACAAUCGGUCCACGUAGUUAUAGUUCUGGAAGUGGCUUCCAAAAUCAUUACAGUACUGGUGGAACAAGCGGAUAUGCUUCUAAUACAGGAUACAAUGAAGGUUCUUACACGUCUACACCAUUGCCUUCGAAUGGAACGCUUCCUAGAAGUCGAUCGAAGUCCGUCGAACCAAAUCAGGAAUAUCACAUUAGCGGCACCGGCGGUGGUGGAACGUCGACUUUUAGUUAUUCGUUGUCGUAUCAACAUACAACGGCGUCUUCGACGUUACCUAGGAAACCGCCUCCACAAAUGUUGGGCAAUAGUGCUUAUUCACAGUAUGUUGGUAGAUCGAGCACACGUGGUUAUGGCAGUGCACAGAAUGUUAGUAGUGAUUAUGAUCCGUUACCAAAUUAUCGAUCUGCCAGCCAUCCAGCGCUUACUGAUCUGGAGAUGGAAAUGGCAGGCUUGGAAGGACUUAUAAAAGACUUGAACGGAAUUACAAAUUCUGGCAAAGUAGCAUAACAUAAUUUUUUUGAAUUUUCAAAAUUAUAUUUGCAUUAUACUUUACAAAGAAUCCUAAUCUAUUCGCCAGUUUUCUAUCUUGAACUCGUGUCAAAUUUACGUCGAAUCAUUCUUAAAGAAGUUAUGUAUCUUCGUAGCUUAUUACUAAUAUAGCUGAUGCAUUUUUAACGAGGAAAACGUAAAGUAUUGUUCACAUUUCUAACAUUGAUAAUUAUUUCAUAUCGAAGAAUGGUUAAACCUUAGUUUCUUUAGUUAAGCAAUUUAGCCUGAACUUACAACAAUCGCUAGCUUGGUGACGUAAAAUAAAAUUUUACCCUCAUCUAUACAACACGAAACACUACAUGGCAUUGUUAGCGCCUCUAAAGGCUGCUUUGAAUUGUACUUAGUGUAAACAGUGUUUUAGAUAUUUUAAUUCGUGAAAACGAUGUUUUUAUGAUGUAUGACGAAAUGCGUGAAGUUUUAUAUAGUGUAAGUUGUUAUUUUUUUAAAUAUGUAUUUAUUUCGAUGCAGAAAAAAAUCGAAACGUAAUUUUUAUAUUCUGUACAAGCAUAACAUAUGAUAAUGCAACGCCCUUUUUCCACUGCACAUUUGUAAAUUUUCUUCUUCUUAGUAAAGUUUUUGUUUCGUUAUUUAUUAGUUUUUUUAAAAGUCGUAUUUUUUUCUAAGAACACACGAAUACAAAGAUUUGGCGGUCACAAAAUUAAGUAUUGUGGGAGAAUCUUUUCAAUAAUUUAUUAUUCAUUUUUAAUUUACUAAAUACUUCAUUUUUUCUUUUAAGUAAUUUUACUCCAAAUGGAGGAAAAGUUAAACUUUGUUAAAUUAAACAAACAUAUUUUUAUAUUAAACAUAUUUUUUUGGUGUUUUUUUUUUCAUCUUGAAUAUUUAUUAUACAAAUUGAUUGUUUUUUGUUACGUCUGCAGUGGGCUUUUGAAUUUCAAUAUCAGUUUCUAAAAAUCUGAGUACUACUAUUUAGGAUAAAAUUGUUGUUAAAAUAAUUAGAACUUUUAUAAUUAUCAAUUUAUGUGCCAUAUGAAACUUUAGUUGGAAACUCUCAUUAAAGUGUUAGGGUUAAGCUAGGCAACAAAUUGAUUGCCUUGUUUAUUUCAGACAAAGUCGCAAACUGCUUAGUUUCAAUUAGCACUGGCCCUAAACGUAUUCUUGUCGUUAAUUACGUUAAUCAAUACAGUGAAAUUAGCGAAAGUGACGGAAUAUGCGCCGUCACUGUAUUUACUUUUUUGUUAAACAAGCAUUAUUUAUAUGUAAAAAUACGUCAGUUCUUUAUACAAA